AUGAAUUCCUGGCCCAGUUUGGAGUCUUUAGAGGAGCAACUACGCUGCCCAGUGUGUCUUGAGGUCUAUACCGAACCCCUGAUGCUGCAGUGUGGACACUCCUAUUGCCGCAGCUGCGUCCGCUCCAUGACCAUGGACCCGCUGGGCCAGCUGCAGUGCCCCGUGUGCCGCUGCGCCGUGGACGGAGACCGCCCCCCUCCCAACAUCACGCUGGCCCGCAUCGUGGACGCCCUGAGGCAGAUGAGCGAACCGGGUCAAGCCCCUCCGGAGACCUGCAUCCAUCACAAUAACCCUCUGAGCCUGUACUGCGAGGAGGAUCAGAACCUCAUCUGCGGACUGUGCGGAAGCAUUGGCGCCCAUCGCUCACACAAGGUCACGCCGAUCAGCAACGUCUACAGUCGCAUGAAGGAGGAUAUUUCCUGCCUGAUGACAGACUUUCAGACCCAGAAACGAAAGUUAGAGGAUCAGAUAUGUAAAAUGGCCUACAACAAAUCCCGGAUCACAAAUGAAUCCGACGUGCUUAAGUGGGUGGUGAGGAAGGAGUUUGGCGAGCUGAGGCGGUACGUGGAGCUGGAAGAGGCCAGUUUCAUGCAGCGUGUGGAGAGCACUGCCUCCACCCUUAUCGCAUCCAUCCAGGCCCAGGCCGAUCAGAUGACCCAGCUGCUGGCGCGCUUCCAGGAGGCCGAGGCCACGCUGGACGCCCUGAGCGAUGAGGGCCAUCUGGGCUUUAUCACAAAAUAUGGAUCCAUUGCUCCGAGGUUCAAAGAAUGUCAGCAACGGGAACAGAGAGAGGAGAGGACGUAUAACUCCAUUAACUUUAACCCCGGCUUCAACCAUAACGACAUCCAGAUCUCUGUGUGGAAAAGAUUACACAGAAGAGUCCUACCUGCUCGUGAGCGCCUGAAGUUUGACCCUUUGACGGCCCACCCCAUGCUGCAGCUAAGUGAGGACAACACUUCGGUCGAGUGCGGCGUCCUCCUUAACCGUCUCCCCAACAACCCCGAACGUUUCACCUUCAGCUACUGCGUGUUGACCGGUCGCGGUUUCUCCUCGGGCAAGCAUUACUGGGAGGUCCGGGUGGACGACAAACCGAAAUGGCGGGUGGGCCUGAUCAAAGGAACGGCUCCCCGCAAAGGCAAACUGAACAAGACUCCGGAAGGCGGCAUGUGGUUGAUCGGUCUUAGGGAGGGACGCGUGUACGAAGCUUUCGCCGGUCCACGCGUCGCCCUACCCCUCACGACGCAGCCCCGAUGCAUAGGGCUUUUUCUGGACUACGAGAAGGGCGAGCUGACGUUUUAUAACGCGGACAGCCCCGAUGAGCUCAGCUUCAUCUACUCUUACCAGGCUGAGCUGCAGGGAAAGGUAUACCCGCUGUUUGACGUAUGCUGGCACGGGCGCGGUGCCAACAAGCAGCCCAUAACUCUGCCCUAG